AUUCCUGCUCCCCGCACUGUCGCUCCGACAAGCCGGGAGAACGGAGAAGAAAACACAGGAGCGCAACGAUGGAGCGUCUGUAAGCAGUAACAGCGGACUCCGCUGACGAAGAUAACUGAACGGAGUCAUCUACAUGACCAAAGAAACAAGACCGGCAACAAGAAACGCAAACGUAACAAUCAUGCAAUUUAAAUACAGAAGAAUUUGAGCAACCGCUCCUUCUUCAAGGUUACACCGCUUGAAGACGCCCUGACAUCAUCCUGUCGCAGAUCAGCUUGGUUGAUCUUCACCGGUGGCGAUCAUGUCCGUGGAAGAGCAGGGAUACCCCGACGCUGUGCUGUUGAUGGAGGCCGGCCCGGAGUGGUUGCGAGCCGAGAUCGGGCGUCUCUCCCGGGAGCUGAGUGAGACCACGAAUGAGAAGAUCCAGGCGGCAGAAUACGGGCUGGCGGUACUGGAAGAGAAGCAGCAGCUCAAGCAGCAGUACGAAGACCUGGAGAUUGAGUACGAGGCCGUCCGACAGGAGCUCGAUCAGCUAAAAGAGGCCUUUGGACAAGCCUACUCCAACCACAGGAAGGUGGCGGCAGAUGGAGAGAGCCGAGAAGAGUCUCUGAUCCAGGAGUCGGCCUGUAAGGAAGCCUACUAUGAGCAGAGAGUCCUGGAACUGCAGAACGAGCUCCGGCAGACACGCAACAUCCUCACCAACACCCAGUCUGAGAACGAACGCCUUAAUGCCAUCAGUCAAGAUUUGAGAGAGAGCAGCCAGAUGGUGGAGCUCCAGAGGAAUCAGCUGCGCGAUGACAUCAAGGAGUACAAGUUCAGGGAGUCUCGUCUGCUGCAGGAUUACACCGAACUGGAGGAAGAGAACAUCUCACUGCAGAAGCAGGUCUCCAUGCUCAAGCAAAGUCAGGUGGAGUUUGAGGGUUUGAAGCAUGAGAUCCGUCGCCUAGAGGAGGACACUCAGUUCCUUAACAGCCAGCUAGAGGAUGCCAUCCGUCUAAAGGAGAUCGCUGAGCGUCAACUGAGUGAGGCUCUGGAGACCAUCAAGACGGAGCGUGAGCUGAAGGCGUCCCUGCGGAAAGAGCUUUCCCACUACAUGAACAUUGGUGACACUCUGUACAACAGUCCUCUCAGCAUUUCUCUGGAUGGUCUCAAGUUCAGCGACGAUGCUGCAACUGAACCUAACAACGACGAGGCUCUCCACGGAUAUGAGAAUGGCUUCAUCAAACUGGCCAAUGCCAUCACUGACGACAACCGGAUCCCCAUGCCUAAGAAAGAAGAGCUUUUCCGUCCUGUUCCCAGCCUUGUUGAUGACCUGCUCAGCGAACUUAACAUCUCAGAGAUCCAGAAGCUCAAACAGCAGCUGAUGCAGAUGGAGCGUGAGAAGGUCAACCUGAUGUCCACUCUGCAGGACUCCCAGAAACAGCUAGAGCAGGCGAACGGUGCUCUGUCAGAGCAUCAGGAGAAGGUCAACCGCCUCACAGAGAACCUCAAUGCCAUCCGCAAGCUCCAAGCCAGCAAGGAGCGCCAGUCUGCUUUGGAUAAUGAGAAAGAACGCGAUAGCCACGAAGAUGUAGACUAUUAUGAGGUUGACAUCAACGGACCUGAGAUCCUGGAGUGCAAGUACAAGGUUGCGGUGUCAGAGGCAGGAGAGCUGAAGGAGGAACUGAAGACCCUGAAAGCAGAAUACCAGGCCUGUCAGUCACGUUACGAAGAGGAGCGCACUCGUCUGGCAACCGAUGUGACAACACUCAAAGAGAACCUGACAACUCUGGAGAAGACCAGCCAUGCAGAGAGAGAAGAGAAAGCCAAGCUUGAGAAAGAGCUGCGCAAGUUGAGCGACGUGGCAGGCGAGUCUCAGGGUAGUCUGAGUGUGGCACAGGAUGAGCUGGUCACCUUCAGUGAAGAACUGGCCACCCUCUACAACCAUGUCUGCAUGUGCAACAACGAAACCCCCAACCGCGUUAUGCUCGACUUCUACAAAGAGGGUAAGGGUGGUCGUAGCAGCCCGGAAGGCCGCGGCCGCCGCUCUCCCAUCCUGCUCACCAAGGGCCUCUUCCCUGAGCCCAGUAAGACCGACCUGAGCGAUGGAGCACCUUCCCCGAUCUCCUCCCUGCCUUCUCCUGUGUCUGACCACCGACGCGAGCCCAUGAACAUCUACAAUCUGGUUGCCAUCAUCAGAGACCAGAUUAAGCACCUGCAGCUGGCAGUGGACCGCACCACCGAGCUGUCACGCCAGAGGGUUGCUUCUCUGGAGCUGGGCACUGUGGCCGACAAGGACAAGGAAGCCUGCAUGGAGGAGAUCCUCAAACUGAAAUCCCUGCUCAGCACCAAGCGGGAACAGAUUGCCACCCUGCGCACUGUCCUCAAGGCCAACAAGCAGACAGCUGAAGUGGCUCUGGCCAACCUGAAGAGCAAGUAUGAGAAUGAAAAGGCAAUGGUGACCGAGACCAUGAUGAAACUGAGGAAUGAGCUCAAAGCUUUGAAAGAGGACGCUGCCACCUUUUCCUCUCUCCGGGCUAUGUUUGCCACACGUUGUGAUGAGUAUGUUACCCAGCUGGAUGAGAUGCAGAGACAGCUGGCCGCAGCAGAGGACGAGAAGAAAACCCUUAACUCUCUGCUGCGAAUGGCUAUCCAGCAGAAGCUCGCCCUGACGCAGCGCCUGGAAGAUCUGGAGUUUGAUCACGAGCAGACCCGUCGGGGAGGCAACGCAGGCCGUGCUAAAGCACGCAGCAAGGCCGCCGGCACCGCCAGCACCACCGCCACCACCACCACCACCACCAACAACCCGCAUAUUGUCAGCAGCUUGCUCCCCCAGCAUCACCACUCACCCUUUAACUAGAAUGAGGAAUAUUUUUGUCAGGUAACGUCCUCGCAUACGACGUGUUUUCUGAAUUUUGCCUGUGUUUAUAUCUCAGUGUUGCGGUGAAGGGCCUUCAUUUGUGUACAAGGUUUUUAACCAUUGAAAUGAAGGGCCUCUCUUGUUUGUUUUCUUGGGUUGCUUGGUGUGUGAGGACAAAGCAACGUACUGUUUUAGUAUUGACAAUAGCUUUAACCCCUUGCAAGCUAGUAUUACGCAAAUAGGCAAAAUUUAAGUGGGGCUUGUGUUUAAUAAAAUCCAUGUACCGCUUGUGGAUCAUAGACACAUUAGCUUUAUGAUGCUAAAAGCAGGGUUGAUGUGAGGAAAUCCUGCAAGAUUUGUUUAAAAAAAUAGCAUUUUCUACUACUAAUAAGCUAUAUAUAAAAUUCUCUAUAUUCUUAAUAGGAUCAUGUUCAGGUUAUAAUCUUGCAGGUUUCUACUACAGUAUUCCUUCCUCUUAAAUGCAUAUACAAUGGGCAUUUAUUCCUCUGAACACAGGGAAUUAUGUCCGCAGUCAACCCUGCUUGAGUGCGCAUCCGUAAGCCGCAGCACACAGCAUGGAGACGAGGCUAUUGUACACUUUCUGAAAAAAGAAAAAAAGCGCAGCCUCCUUAGAGGUCAGUCACUCCUUUGUUUGAAGUUCAGUCAACUUACAAGUGUGGUAUAUUCUGUUUCCAUCAGUUUGCGCUGAGAAAAAAAGGUUUAGGGAGUAGAGGAGGGAGAACUAAUCGUGUUGUAAACCAGCUCCUGAGAGAGGAGAUAAGAAAGCUAAACGUGCUGGUGAAGAAAGCCAGAUGUGUGGCUGGAUGGGGAAUCUAAUCCAGGGGUGCUUUUCGUUACGCAUGCUUAUCUCCUUGGGAAAGUUUAUAAUUUAAGGAAUUGGAAGAUCCUACCAUGAUACUUAGAGACAUGAGAAGAGGCUGGCAUAGCGAAAAACACCCCGUGAUAUUUUUUUUUUCUUUAUUCUUUUUCUGAGGGAUAAACUCCCACUGAUAUAUGGAGGAAAAAAAACCUUGAGAUUGGUUGCUCGCUCAACCAGAGGACAUUGAUUCAAAUUAGUUAAGCUCCCAACCGUAUCCCUUGUAUAGGUUAUGUGGAUUUACUGAGCAGUAGAUGAUUGCAGGAUGUGAUUGUGACUAGAAUCCCCUCUCCUUAGAUAGACUAAUCCCCGCUUGGUUCGAUCUAGUUUGAAAUCAAUGUCUGGCUUUUUUGGUGUCAUUGCAAUAUGCCACCUAAAAUAAAACAGCAAAGCUCCUCCUACCUCUGCCUGCAGGCUCCUCCCACAUCACCUCUAAGUUUUACUUCACAUGAUGCAUCUUGUUUCUGAUUUAAAAGUAAGCCUGCAUGUCAAAAGCAUAACCCAUUUUUCAUUUACUUGCAUGGCUAAUGAGAAAGACCCAUCUCCUUUGGUGGUGAGAUGUGGCUUCAGCUCUGUCCUAUGAAUGAAAGUUCAUGGUACUCGUGAGUCACUGGCUUCCUAACCGCACCUGCAGGAUGAUUUGCAGUGAAUGCGCUUUCACACCAGAAACUAAAUGGCCAUACUGGCCGGCUUAAAGUUCCUAACAUCGCUUUCUGUUGCUUUGACUAACCAACAGCCGCCAUCUUACUUUGUCUGCGUGGACUCCGCUGCUGUGACCUUGUAAACAGUCGCUCUCAAAUGACUAAAACCAAGUGCUAAUGAUGCUCAUUAUUUGUUUGUUUCUCCACUUUUGCAGUAAUUUCAGUAAUUCUGCACGGACGACGAAGUACCAACACAAGGUCCAUUCUCGCUGCUGAUUGAGUUGGGCGAAACGAGUUAGCGCUACUCUAGGCUAUUUGGACUUGAAGAAAAAUAAAACGGCAAAAACCUAAGUACAAACGUUAAGCACAGGUUUUUAAUUUGAAUCAAUUGUCCUCCCCUUUUCAUUUUAAAAUUCUGUUAUGUUAUGCACAUUAGGAUCACACUUGGUCCAAAUUCUGGAUGCCUCUGCUGGAAGCCAUUUUUGCCUCGCAAGUACAGUGAACUUCUUGGCUUGUAAUUGGCCAAUCCCUCCGAAUCCUCUAUUGAGAAGCCAAGGGAGAUGUGGUCGUUUCUUAAUCAACAAGCUGUUUUUGUUUGGUUUUAUCUCUUAUUUUUAGUUUAUCGUUUUGUUAAUCUGUGCACUUUCAUUUUAUAGGAUUAUAACAUGCUAUUAUUAACCUAUAGGAAAGCAUGGUAGUACAAUGGUUUGUUGAGUUAUCCAAUAUAGGUUGGAGGACUGUAGUAUUGUAAGUCCUCCUCAAAUAUUUGAAUUUAAACAAUACGCACUACAGUAAGGCUCCACAAACCACAAAUGUACUAUGAUGACUCUGUCCUCAAGAAUUUAUCCAUCAAAUAAUCAUUUUAAAAUCCUUUUGUUACAUCGUGUUAUGCUGUUGCUUUUAUUUUUCAUAUGUUUGUUCUACUGCCAUGUUCUCUACAAAAAUCCAGGGUGAUCAAAUUCUGGGGUUUUUUCAUGUAUUUAUUAUUCCUAGGAAUAGUUCAAAAAUUACACUAUGAAACUUGACAACGCUCUGACUCAAAUAGGUAAGUUGUGUCUUGGGAAAAAUUUGCGUGACGACGAUAUGUGCUUUUCCUAGCUUCUUACCGAGGGCGUUCCACUGAAACGGGAUCGCUGGCUUUCAGAAUUCUUUGCAACUGCGACAAUUAAAAUUCCAAAUUGGAAUUGUUUCAUUCUCUCUUUGUUUAUUGUGCCAAAUCUUGGUACACCGUUUAGGUUGAAAAUGAGAAAAAGAAUCGGAAAGAAGAAGAAAAAAAACUAAGAAAGGUGCAGUUUGGGCCAUGGCUCUCGCUGCCGUGCGAGAGCCGGGGUUUUGUUUUUCGGUUCGUUUUAGUUCUUCGUUUCUGACCAGUAGUGCCUUUCAUUGUUUCAAGGGAGAAUCUUAGACUAGUGUUUUAUGUUUCUGUUUUUUAUAUAUAGGUGAGGACUUUGGGUUCAAAAUGACUGUGAGCAGCAAUAAGCGCAAAGGGAAUUUUUCCCCCCUUUUCUGCAUGAGUGAGGUGAUAGUUUUGAAAUUAGCUCAAUAAAACUCAAGUUGUAUUGAAUUCUGCAGGUCAGUGAUCCCCUCGAGAAAUUCAGGGGUAUUGAGAAAAGUUUUUUUUUUAUUUUAUUUUAUCAAACAUUGGGAACCAAAAGAGAUCCCUUUGGCCUCCUGUUAUUGAACAAAGUGCUCCAAGCAUCUUUAAUGUGUUGGGGUAGAUCAGUGUACUAUUGGAAACAUCUAUGUAUCUCUAGCUUUGUUUGGUGAAGGUAAUGUGAUAUCAAUAGUAUUGUUAAAAAUGUGCAGAGAGCGCAUUUUAUCUUUACUUUUGUCUAAUUUGACUUUUUGUUUGUUUUUGUUUUUUUUAUUCUUGAAUCUUUUUUUACAUCAUCUUUGAGCAUGGUGUUUUCAGGAAACAGAAAACAAGAUUAGCAUCAACAAGCUUGAAUAGUGCCAUUAUAGCCAAUGCUUGUUUGUUGAGGCGUUAAAGUUACCAAUAUGGAUAAGAAGCUAACAAAAAAAAGUGCAAUUCAGAUACUGUUUUACAUUAAAAAGAGAAAGUUUUCUGUUUGCUGGAAGCGAUGGCAUUGUGAUACUACAAAAAAUAGCUGUGCAAACUUUAUAUUGUCAUAUUGUGUUUCAGUAUUGAUCCAUAAUGAGAGUUUGAUAUCUUUAUAUGAAAUAACGACUUCACCUGUAUUUAUUUGAACUGUCAUGCAGUACUGUAUUCUUAUCAAUAAUGUGCAUUAUGAUUAGUGGCAUAUUGAUUACAGCUAAACGUCAUAUGCAUGUUUCUCAGUCAUGGGACCUUUACACAGAGUUGAAAACAAACAUGUUAAAACUUUUGUCGGGGUGUUUUUAAAAGAGAGAAAAUAAAAAAUUAGGGCUUGGGGCGGGGACCAGUUAAGUCUGAUGUAUUACUGCUGAACUAAUCCUAUGAAAGUGUUUUGUUUGUUUUCUAGUGGAGAUGGUAUGUCUGUGUAAGGGUAGUCAUACUGGCUAAAAUCAAUAAAUGUGACUUAAGUUCCA